GUACACAAAGACAGAGGCAGGAUAGUUGCCCAAUCGCACAAGCAGUGGUGUUGUUUUGGUCAGUCCACUCUUCUCCAACAUGCUAGCUACAAUCCUCCUUCCACUUUGUGUUUUCUUUAUACUUUUUAAUUUCAUGUGCCGAAGGCCGAAAAACUUUCCACCGGGGCCCACGAUCUUGCCAAUCCUGGGAAACAUAUUGAGCCUGAGCUUGGAAAACCCCCUGCAAGACUUUGAGCGGCUAAGGAAGGCAUACGGAAAUGUCUACAGUGUGUACCUUGGCCCUCGUCCUGCUAUUAUUAUCAACGGGUUACAAGCCAUGAAGGAGGCUUUAGUCUCCAAAGCGAUUGACUUUGCUGGACGACCCCAAGACCUUUAUGUCAAUGACACAACAAACAGAAAAGGAGUCAUUCUGGCUGAUUAUGGUUCUAGUUGGAAGGAACAUCGGCGAUUUGCUCUGAUGACUUUGAGGAACUUUGGUCUUGGGAAGAAUUCAAUGGAGGAGAGGAUUCUGGGAGAAACAGAAUUCAUCAUGAAUACACUGGAAAAGUGUACUGGUAGUACCCUGAGUCCCCAACUUAUGUUCCAUAAUGCAUCCUCUAACAUCAUCUGCCAGGUUCUGUUUGGUAGACGCUACGAUUAUGAUGAUGAGUUCAUCAAGGUCAUUGUUCGUUGUUUCACUGAGAAUGCUAAAUUGGCCAAUGGACCCUGGGCUAUGCUGUAUGACUCCUUCCCGAUGAUUCGUAGUCUUCCAUUGCCCUUCAUGAAGUCUUUUGAAAAUGUCAAGAAAUGUCAAAAUCUUGCAAAGGAGUUGUUGGCUGAGCACAAGAGAACCAGAAUCCCCAAUGAACCACGCGACUUUAUUGACUGCUAUCUAGAUGAAAUGUUUAAGAGAAGUGGUGAUGAUGAUUCCUCAUUUUCAGAGGACCAGCUGUCAAUGUACGCUCUAGAUCUUCACUUUGCUGGGACAGACACCACUUCCAAUACCCUACUGACAGCUUUCCUUUAUCUUAUGACUCAUCCAGACGUACAAGAGCGUUGCCAACAGGAGAUUGAUGAAGUGUUGAACGGCGAGGAUAAAGUGUGUUUUGAUGACCGAAACAAAAUGCCGUACGUGCAGGCUGUAAUCCAUGAAAUUCAGAGAAUUGCAAACACUGUGCCACUGAGUGUGUUUCACUGUACAACAAAAAACACAGAGUUGAUGGGAUAUUCGAUUCCUAAGGGUACAAUGAUCAUCCCAAAUUUGACCUCGGUGCUGCAUGAGGAAGGCCAGUGGAAAUCCCCUCAUAAAUUCAACCCAGAAAACUUCCUCAAUGACCAGGGCGAGUUUGUCAAGCCAGAAGCUUUUAUGCCUUUUUCUGCAGGUCCUCGCAUGUGUCUCGGUGAAGGUUUGGCCCGUAUGGAACUCUUCCUCAUCACGGUGACUAUGCUGAAAAAAUUCAAGUUCAUCUGGCCUGAAGAUGCAGGAGAGCCAGACUUCACCCCAGUCUAUGGGGUCACUCUCACUCCCAAACCUUAUCGUAUGAAGAUACAACUCAGAACAAUGCAUGAAAGCUGAGUAAAAAUUAAAUGAGGCUAACUAUUAUACUAUUAUUUACUCAUGAGGUAUAGGUAGUUGGUAUAACCUGGCACGAUGCAUAUCUAAAAUUUGUUUCUUCUUUUUUUUUUCCCUUUUUACAAACACCAUUAAGUGAAAGACUGAGCCUGUUUCAAAUGUGGCACUUAUAGGCCAUUUGAAGCAGUUUGUGAUAAUGUCACCUAAAAUGUACAAAAACGCGCACACACACACACGCACACACACACACACUUUUGUCACUUGACCGGCAGGCAUCUGAUGGAACUGUUGGUCAAAUUUGCUCUUAUACGUACAUUUCUGUGUUAUCGCAACUCUUUAAAUGUUGAUUUGAUAAUAGUUCUAAAAAAAUAUUUUUCUCUUUAAACCUAAAAAGACAACUUUUGUAGUAAACCAAAUCCCAAAAGGGUUUAGGUUGAGUAUAACCAAAGCAGAUCACUCAAUCCUUGAAUUCCCCUCUUGGACAGUUCCAUAAUAAAGAGAAAAUCCUUAACACCUUAAAA